AUGGGCCUACUCUACCCCGUCUACUUAACCUCCAACAAGAUUUUCGGGUGCAAGCAUUGCAAGACACACCUAGCAGACUACAAUGACAUCAAAAGUCGGAAUUUCCGUGGAGCGCACGGCAAAGCCUAUCUUUUCGGCAACGUUGUCAAUGUCACACUGGGCGAACAGGAUGAGCGUAGCAUGACAACCGGACGGCAUAUCGUUCGCGACAUCUCCUGCCGCCAGUGCAAAGAGUUGGUAGGGUGGAAGUAUGACAAGGCAUUUGAGACCAGCGAGAAAUACAAAGAAGGGAUGUUUAUUCUCGAAGAGGAGUUGCUUUGUGUUGUGUGCUGA